GCACCUAACACUUUGUUUCUCUCCGUUGCUUCUAAUUCUUUUCCUCUUUUUCAUUCUCUCUCUCUCUCUCUCUCUAAUCUGUUCCUGGAAAUCCAUCAAUGGCGGGUCGAGGGAAGGCUAUAGGUUCCGGGGCCGCGAAAAAGGCCACUUCACGGUCGAGCAAGGCAGGUCUGCAAUUCCCGGUCGGUCGUAUCGCCCGGUUCUUGAAGGCAGGAAAGUACGCCGAGCGAGUCGGUGCUGGAGCUCCGGUCUACCUCGCCGCGGUCCUUGAAUACCUUGCCGCUGAGGUUCUGGAAUUGGCUGGUAAUGCAGCAAGAGACAACAAGAAGACUCGAAUUGUGCCACGCCACAUUCAGCUUGCUGUGCGUAAUGAUGAGGAGCUGAGCAAGCUUCUUGGUGAUGUUACAAUUGCUAAUGGUGGUGUCAUGCCCAACAUUCACAACCUUCUGCUCCCAAAGAAGGCUGGGACCUCAUCCAAGAACGUAGGCGGUGAUGAUGACUCUUAAAUUUGAAGAGAAAUGCCAAUGGGGGGUCAAUGUGCUUGAUUCAGAUUUAGUUUCCUCUAGUAGGUUCAAGUAGGUUAUUGAGUCUCUGUUUCUGGAAUUGUAGUUGGGGUAGAGUUAGGGUUGUAGGUAGUAGUGUUUGUGAAUAUAAUCAUCUUCUACUAGCUUCUUAAUAGAAGAGAUUGUGGGAACUUCUUUUGCUUCCUUUUUUAUAUUUUUGGCCCUUUAUUUUUUGAACGUGUUCUUUGUGGGUUUAAAUACUUAAUGACAGUGCUUCAAUAUUUGAGCAUCAUAUGAUUCUUCUG